UUAAAAUAAUUCUAAAAAUGGCAGUUACAACAAUUGAACAAGGAAAGAUAAAAGGAGUUCUGUGUGACAGUAAAAAUGGCACAUACUAUGCGUUUAAAGGAAUUCCAUAUGCAAAGCCGCCGCUCGGACCAUUAAGAUUCAAGGCUCCGCAACCCCCAGAGUCAUGGAAAGGUAUUCGGGACGCAUCAGAGCAUGGACCUGUGUGCCCUCAAUUUAACGAACGUUUACAAAGUAUCGAGACUGGCAGCGAAGAUUGUCUUUACCUUAAUGUAUAUUCUAAAUCAGUCCGACCCACUUCUCCCAUGCCCGUGAUGGUAUGGAUUCACGGAGGAGCUUAUUACACGGGAUCUGGAAACUCUGAUUUCUAUGGUCCUGAUUUUUUUAUGAAGCAUGACGUUAUCCUGGUAACAUUUAAUUACCGAUUGGAAGUCCUUGGAUUUUUAUGUCUUGAUAAUGAAGAGGUACCUGGUAACGCAGGUUUAAAAGAUCAAGUAGCUGCGCUGCGAUGGGUUAAAGAUAACAUAAGUGCGUUUGGAGGUAAUGCAAAUAACAUUACGAUCUUCGGCUGCAGUGCUGGCGCUGCAUCGGUUUCAUUUCAUUUAAUUUCUAAAAUGAGCAAUGGAUUGUUCAACAAAGCAAUAUGUCAAAGCGGCGUUUGUCUUAAUGACUGGGCCUACAGUAUAUACGGUCUUCAGCGAGCGUUUCAACUAGGAAGAUUGUUAGGUAAAAAUACCGAAGAUACGACAGAGUUAUUGGAAUUCUUAAGAAAUGUCCCAGUGUCUUCAUUAGUCAAUAUUAAAUUGCCCUUGGUCGAAACUUAUCACAGAGAUAUCACGGACAGCAUAUUUUUCGCGCCUGUUAUUGAAAAAUCUGAUCUGAAAGUUGAAAAAUUUAUCACUGAAUCUCCAAUUGAUCUUGUUAAAAGAGGAAGUUUCGCAAAAGUACCUCUAAUUGUUGGGUAUACCUCCGGAGAAGGAAUAGAGUUAGGAAAAAGUUUUCCUGCCACUUUAGAUUUUUUAACAACUUUAGGCGCUGUGGUACCGAGAGAAUUAAAACUAAAAUUCGAUACAGAAAAAUUAAAGGCCGCUGAUGAUAAAAUUCGCAACUUUUAUUUUAAAGGCAAACAACUAAAUGCAGAUAUGAUUAAAGAGGUAGUUAAUUUGGAAACGGACAAGUUGUUCGCGUACAAUGUUACUAGAUUCGCACGUUAUUACAAAUUUUUCACCUCCAUGCCCGUGUAUUUAUAUAAAAUGACGGUUGAAACGGAACGAAAUUUUACUAAAAAAGUAUAUAAAAUGGAAUUUAUACCUGGAGUUUGUCACGCAGACGACCUCCCGUACCUUUUUCACAUUACCUGUUUUGAUAUUCCAUUGACAAAGGAAUCGAAACGUGUUGUAGAACAAUUCGUCCAAUUAUGGUAUAACUUUGCUUCAACGGGAAACCCAACAUCAACAAACGUUGGCGUUGAGUGGAAACAGUUUACGGAUAAAGAACGACAGUGCCUCAUCAUAGACAAGACACUAAAAUGUAUUUUGAAUAUUGAUGCAGAGAAUAUGAAUUUAUGGGAAAAUAUUUUCGAAGAAACUGGAUUGCUUUGAAUUUGUUUUUAAAUCUAAUAAAAUGCUUGUAAUGUAAUAAUGAUUCAAGUGGCAAUAUGAAAACCACGUCUAUUUUUUAUUGACAUAUUAACAAAUUAUUUUAUAUCUUACAUUAUACUUGAAUUAAAAAAAAAUACCCUUUAGUGGAAUAUACUUAUAAUGAACUUAAUACAUUGUAGUUGUUUUAAUAGCUGUUAAAUUGUAUGAUAUUAUAAUGUGUACUGCAAAACCGUAAGAUAAUCUUCAUUAAAUUUGUGAAUAAUUUAUUUCUAUGAUUUUAAGUUAUUCUGUUUUGAAACAAGUAAAUAAAAGUGUUAUACGAAAACA